UGCAAAUGGGAUGGGUGUGCACACCCGCAGAUCAACAGAAAAGAGAAUGCGAGGUCACAUGUGCAGAAUCAUCUCGACGACCGCAAGUGGAAAUGCAACCCCUGCGAGAAGCGAUUCACUCGUCUUCACGACCUAAAACGCCACGCCCUGACUCACACCAACGAAAGACCCGCUAUCUGCCCAUGUGGUAAGAGCUUUGCUCGCCAGGAUGCGCUCACCCGUCAU